CGGGGCAGGAGGGAUGGAGGGGGUUAGUGCGCGGGGGGGAGCCGGCAGCCAGCGCCCCACAUCGGCUGCCCGGCCCUCUGCGUGGGGCAGAGAGGGGCAGAGGCAGCUGAUGCAAUGGGGGAGACGAAAGGGAGCUGGAAACAAUGCUUUUGCUGUGCUGGCCCUCCACAAACAAAAUCUUCAAUAAGUAUAAAUAUAAGCAAUGCUGAGCCAGAGGACCUUCCUGAGGAGGCAGAAGAAAUAAAACAGCAAAUUACAGAUGGGCCAUUCUACACUGAGGUCCAGGUGCAAACCUCCUACGUUGAAAUACCACCUGGAGAGAAGUGGCGUUGGUCACGAUUACAAACAGAAGCUCAGGUGCAAACCUCAGAUAUUGAACUAACAGAAGAAACUUUCCUCCCAUUUGAAAGUGAGGUCCAGGUGCAAACCUCAGAUCUUGAAACAUCAGAGGAGGAGACUUCAUUGCCAUCACUAACGGACGCCCAGGUGCAAACUUCACGUAUUGAAGUACUAGAUACAGAGAUUUUAUUCCCCAUAGAAAGUGAGCCCCUGGAGCAGCCCUCAGAUCUUGACUUUCAAGACAUUCAGGUGAAGAAUUUAUUCCCAUUAUUUGUUGAAGUUGAAGUGCAAACCUCAUACGUAGACAUACCAGCAGGGAAUAAGUGGCGUUCUGCACGACUCCAAGCAGACGCUCAAGUGCAAACCUCAGAUCAUGAAUUGUUGAAGACACUUUCUUCUCUCUCACAAAAAGAAGCCCAGGUGCAAACUUCCAAACUCUCAGUAGAUGAAACAGAAGAAGUGCCCUCACAAGCUGAGGCCCAGGUGCAAACUUCAGCACUUGAAUUAACAGAAGUGGAGGAGGCGGUGCCCUCCGUGAUAGAAGAACAGCCUGUCCCUACAACCCAAAGCGAAGCUGCAGUGCAAACCUCAUAUGUAGACAUUCCAGCAGGGAAUAAUUGGCGUUCGUCACGGUUACAAGUUGAGGCCCAGGUACAGACCUCAAGUAUUGAGUUACUGAAAAAGCUUUCUUCUACAUUGCUAACCAAGGCUCAGGUUCAAAAAUCAGACCUUGCAGUAACAGAACAAGUGCCUCUUUCUGCUUCAGUAGCCGAGGCCCAGGUGCAAACCUCGAAACUAGAAGUAACAGGAGCCGAGGGAGUACCUCUUUCCCCUUCACUAACUGAUGCCCAAGUGCAAACCUCCAAACUUGUGUUAGUAGAAGUAGAAGAGGAGGCGGCCCCAUGCCCAAUAGAAGAAGUCUCUCUCCCUGUGACUGUAGCAGAAGCUGCAGUGCAAACCUCAUAUGUCGAUAUACCAGCAGGGAAUAAGUGGCGUUCAUCACGGCUACAAGCUGAGGCCCAGGUACAGACCUCAAGGAUUGAGCUACUGCAGAAGCUUUCUUCCCUAUCGCUAACCAAGGCCCAAGUGCAAACCUCCAAACUUGCAUUAGCAGAAGCAGAGCCGGUGCCUCUUUCCCCCUCACUAACUGAGGCCCAGGUGCAAACCUCCGAACUUGCAUUAGUAGAAGCAGAGGAGGAGGAGGAGGCCACAUUCCCAAUAGAAGAAGACUCUCUCCCCGUAACUGUAGCGGAAGCUGCAGUGCAAACCUCGUACAUCGAUAUACCAGCAGGGAAUAAGUGGCGUUCAUCACGGCUACAAGCUGAGGCCCAGGUGCAGACCUCAAGGAUUGAGCUACUGAAGAAGCUUUCUUCCCCAUCGGUAACUGAGGUCCACGUGCAAACGUCCAAACUGGAAGUAACAGGAGCAGAGGAGGUGCCUCGUCUCCCCUCACUAACCGAGGUCCAAGUGCAAACGUCGAAACUAGAAGUAACAGGAGCGGAGGAGGUGCCUCGUCUCCCCUCACUAACUGAGGCCCAGGUGCAAACCUCCGAACUUGCCGUAACAGAAGUAGAGGAGGAGGAGGUCCCAUUCCCAAUAGAAGAAGUCUCUCUCCCCGUAACUGUAGCGGAAGCUGCAGUGCAAACCUCAUAUGUCGAUCUACCAGCAGGGAAUAAGUGGCGUUCAUCACGGCUGCAAGUUGAGGCCCAGGUGCAGACCUCAAGGAUUGAGCUACUGAAGAAGCUUUCUUCCCUAUCGCUAACCGAGGUCCAGGUGCAAACAUCUAAACUAGAAGUAACAGGAGCGGAGGAGGUGCCUCGUCUCCCCUCACUAACCGAGGCCCAAGUGCAAACGUCCAAACUUGCAUUAGCAGAAGCAGAGCAGGUGCCUCUUUCCCCCUCACUAACUGAAGCCCAGGUGCAAACCUCCAAACUUGCAAUAACAGAAGUAGAGGAGGAGGCGGCCCCAUUCCCAAAAGAAGAAACCCCUCUCACCAUAACUGUAGCGGAAGCUGCAGUGCAAACCUCAUAUGUUGAUCUACCAGCAGGGAGUAAGUGGCGUUCAUCACGGUUACAAGCUGAGGCCCAGGUGCAGACCUCAAGUAUUGAGUUACUGAAGAAGCUUUCUUCCCCAUCGGUAACCAAUGUCCAGGUGCAGACAUCCAAACUAGAAGUAACAGGACCAGAGCAGGUGCCUCUUCCCCCGUCACUAACUGAGGCCCAGGUGCAAACUUCCAAACUUGCAGUAACAGAAGCAGAGACGGCAUUUCCUGUCCCAUCACAAACUGAAGUUCACAUGCAGUCUUCAUAUUUUGAAGCACCAGAGGUGGAGGAUGAGAUGCCUGCUACUCCAAUCAAAGAGAGGCCCCUCCCCCUAACUCUGAUGGCGGCCCAGACGCAAACUUCGUAUGUGGACAUACCAGCAGGGAAUAAGUGGCGUUCGUCACGACUGAAAGUUGAGGCCCAAGUGCAAACCUCUAAGCUUGAAUUGCCAGAGGCAAAAGAGAAAUCUCCUUCCCCAUCCCCAAAACAGGCCAAGAUACAAACUUCCAGAGUUGAAAUAACAAAAGCAAAAGCGGUCCCACUGUCUCCCCCAGAUGUUAAAAUAGUAGAUGAGCGGACACUGAAGGAGGAAGUGGAGGUGAAGCAUCCGCCCUCUGAAUAUGUCGAGGCCCAGGUGCAGACCUCGUAUGUUGAAAUACCUGUGGGGAAGAAGUGGCGUUCGUCCCGUUUAUGUACCGAGACCCAGGUGCAAACUUCGUAUCAUGAACUCCCAGUUACAAAGAGCAAGACUUUGCCCCCCAAAGCCACUGGGGUAGCUAAGAAGGCCACUGAGCGUACAUCAUCAAAGAAAUUAGCAAAAACUCCAACACGAGCAACACCGAUAUCUGUGCACUUACAUGUAAAGAUGACCCCACGACGCCGGAAUGCCAAUAAAAAGAACUAGUAAAAUCUUGAAUUUAAACAAAUAAAACCUUGUAAAAUAA